AUGAGACUUUCUCACUUAUCUAAAUAUUCGAUACUUAUAGAUUUCUAUCAUUCCUUUGGACAAACCGAUAAUUUCGGGAUUCUUCCACCCCCUCUCUUUGUAUUGCUCUUUGCCAAUUUGCAUUUUCUAUUCUCUUUUCUUUUCACUGUCUUUCUUAUUUUCUAUGGCUCUCUCUCUCUCUCUCUCUCUCUCUCUCUCUCUUUUCUAAUUUGUCUCUUUUUUUUUUUUUCCACUCUUUUUUUUCUGUCUAUUUCUAUUUUUCCUUGUCCUCUCUCUCUCUCUCUCUCUCUCUCUCUCUCUCUCUCUCUCCCCCUCUCUCUCCCUGGGUGCAUACAUCUGUUUUAUUUUCUGUCUCUUAUCACUGCCUUUCUUCCUAUGUCUUUCCUGUAUUUUUCAAUUUCACUAUCUUUUCUCUCUUUUUCUGAUUCAAGUUUUUCCCUUGUCUUUUUUUUUUUACUCUCUAUUUAUCUCGUCUUACUAUCUCACUCUUCGAUCUUUCCUGGGUGCAUAGAUCUAUUUUAUUUUCUGUCUCUAAUACCUUUUUUUUCUAUUUCUCUAUCUUUUCUAUCUGUUAUUUCUUUCUUUUUUCUCUUUUUAAUUCUCUGUUUAUCUCUUUCUUUUUCUAAGUCCAUACUUAUAUUUUAUUCUUUGCCGAUUUUUUUUUUUUUUUUAGUUUUUGUCGAUUUUUUUUCUGUUUCUUUAUCUUAUCUCUCUCGCAUAUUUUCUUUGUUUAUUUCGUCAUGGUGGCGUUGUCUUUGUUUUUUCACAUGUCCUCCUUUUCUCUUGAUAUUUUUCUACGAUUUUCUUUGUUGCUCAUCUUCUUGUUCUUCUUUUCAUUUACCUAUUCAUUCAUCCAGUCAUUUUUCUUUUUUCUUCAAUUCAAUCUUUUUCUUAUCCUUUUCUUUUUUUUCCUUUCUUUUUUUUCUCUCUCAGCCUUUUGUUGUCGUUCUUCUUUCCUCCAUUGAUUGUUCCACCAUCUUUAAACAAACACGAGUAAUCAUUUUCUUCUUCCUCUUCUUUUCCUUUUCUCUUCUUUCUUCUCCUUUCAGUAUUCUUCCUCCGAGUCAGUAUUUUUCAACCUUCUGUUACACCUUUUCUCUUGCUCCUCAUCCUUCUCCUACUGCUUUUCCCCUUCUCGUCAUUGUGUUUUCCUCUUUCGCUUUUUUGCUUACAACCAACUCCUCCUCUCGUAAUUCUUUUAUUCUCUUUCUUUUCCAUUUUCCACCUACUUCUUUUCUUUUCCUUCUCAUUCUUCUCUUUUUUUUUUAUCUUUCUUUAAUCCUGCUCCUUUUCUCUAACACCCGAUCUUUCUCUUCUCCUCCCCCUCAUGUUUUUCUCUUAUCUUUUUUCUUCCCCUUUCCUGUGUCACCACGUAAUUUCUCUACUUCCCUUCAAGCGCCAAUUUGA